AUGCCUCCGACCAGUGUGCCAUAUCGGCAAUCUGCAAGAGAAGCUAUCAAACGACCAAGCCCGUGCAGGCGGAGCCACUUCGCCGGUCGUGCAGGCUCUCAAUUGCAACCUAAUCGUGCCAACAUGUCUGUCUCGCAGGCUCCGACCCGACGCCAGAUUCGGUGCCGGUGGAUACCAAUUCGUCUAUUGGUAGACUCAUCCCUCGCUCAAAGGACUCCGUGUGUGUGUGUGUGUGUGUAUGUGUGUGCGUGUGUGUGUAAAGUCCAGUAG